GACGCUGCGCGGUAAACUCCUGGGAACCACCCAUGGGGUGACGUCACUGGGCUCUGACAAGCUGGUUGUGCCGGAAGAAAAGAUGGCGGAUCAUGAGGAGCAGCUACCCGAUGAGGAAAAGGUACGCAUAGCAGCUAACUUUGUCAUCCAUGCUCCGCCAGGCGAGUUCAACGAAGUUUUCAAUGAUGUGCGAUUGCUGCUCAACAAUGACAAUCUUCUCAGGGAGGGUGCAGCUCACGCGUUUGCACAAUACAACUUGGACCAGUUCACUCCUGUGAAAAUCGAGGGUUAUGAAGAACAGGUCUUAAUCACAGAGCAUGGUGACCUGGGUAACGGACGGGUGUUGGACCCCAAGAACAAGAUCUCUUUCAAGUUUGACCACCUAAGAAAAGAGGCCAGCGACCCGAGACCCCACGAUGUGGACAGCUCCAUGGAAGGCUGGAGGAGUGCUGUGGACUCGUCUGUGAGGGCCUAUGUCAAGGAGCACUACCCCAGUGGAGUGUGCACUAUUUACGGGAAAACUAUCGAUGGACAUCAAACCAUCAUCGUGUGCAUCGAGUGCCAUCAGUUUCAACCCAAAAACUUCUGGAAUGGACGCUGGAGGUCAGAAUGGAAGUUCACCAUCUCCCCCUCCACCACCCAAGUGGCAGGAAUCAUGAAAAUCCAGGUUCAUUACUAUGAGGAUGGGAAUGUUCAGCUGGUGAGCCACAAAGAGGUUCAGGAAUCCAUGUCGAUCUCUAAUGAAGCUUCAACCGCUAAAGAGUUUGUGAAGAUCAUGGAAGCUGCAGAGAACGAUUAUCAGACCGCCAUCAACGAGAAUUACCAGACCAUGUCGGACACUACCUUCAAAGCCUUACGCCGCCAGCUUCCUGUGACUCGCACCAAGAUCGACUGGAACAAGAUCCUGAGCUACAAGAUCGGCAAAGAGAUGCAGAAUGCUUAACCAGCAGAGAAGACAACAGACAAGCCCCGCCCCCCCGAGCCCCAUCCCCCCCAAACAAUGUUGCAUGACUGGAUAGUUGUUUUGUCUUUGUACAAAAAUUAGACGAAAUGGGAGCAAAGAAGAGUUUGGUCUCUGAACAUGAUGUCGCAUCACAGAUUGAAUGGCACAGACCCCACAAUGAUUGGAUUCAUCACAGUUACGAUGAUACAACUAGAGGAACAUUGACAGACAUAGGAAAGGGAGCAGACACUUGUAUGCAAAAACACCCUGAAGAAAAUACAGUAUCACGUGUGCAAUAUUUCUUGUGUCAGUGAGACCAGACCUCGACUUUGUCCUGAUGAGACACGGUUUUAAUUUGACAUUUUUGAAAAACAGUUAUUUCACCUCCUUUUCAAACAAUAAUGAAAAGCUCCACAUCACUCCUAUUGUUCCGUAGAGACACUUACAAGGAAAAGGGGUAGACAGGUUUCAUCAUCACUGACAGCCACAAAACCUUCUGGUUCUUUCGUUUUGGUACUUCCCCCCCUCAUCUGUCCUGGAUCUGGAUGUGAGAUCUGCAGCUCUCAGUGCUCCUGGUGAUUUGCCUUUUUUUCUUUUGGUUUGACUUGUCUGAGCUCUCACUCAGUGCAGAGUCCUGUGACCACAUAACAAGCUUCAUUAACAAGUCAGAAGUUGCUAAAUGUGCAUAAUGUGCGAUUUACAAUAAAAUCGAGAAGCAUCACCAUUCUCCUCCAGUGCUUAUUUUUAUUAAAAACAAAUCCUGACUGUAUUAUAUAACAAGUCACAUUGUAAUAUAUAUACAUGUAUGAAACAUCCUGUCAGUUUGGUGAUUUAUUUCCAUAAAAAUUGUAAUUCAGUCACAGUUAUGUUGCAUUAAAUGACAAAUUUUGUA